CAUUUCAGAUGAGCUGAAAUACACGUUUUGCUCGGACUUAAGACACAGGGAAUUGACGAUAAUGUCGCAACGUGAUUAACUGAAAUUGUAGUGAAGUUUCUGGACAAGCAAUAGUCAGAGAUUCAGAGAUUGUCAGCUGAUUAAACAAUGAAGCUGAUGACGACAAGUGAGAAGAUGACAAUUCCAGCGCAGUACUGCAACAGUCAAAGAGGGAUCGACGUCGCCUCGCUGAACGAGUAACAACUAAAUGGUAUGAGAUCGGAUUAAGCAGAAAUUAAGGAUGAAUCUACUUUAUAUCUGAAAGAAUGGGCCUUGAUUUCAAGGAGGCUUUCUCCAGUUUUUUACAUCAAUACUUUCAUGCUAAUGCCACUUUUUGGAAUAGUGUGAAAAUAUGUGGCAAUUUUAAAGUAGCUGUUGAUGACUAUCAGGAAGAUUAUCUUUUUAGUGAAGUAAUAACUAAAAGUGAUUGUUGCUGUUCUAAUGGAUUGGAUAAAAUAAAUACUCCCAUCCGUGGAUCAGGACAAGCUCCAAUCAUUAUAAAAGAAGAACCAAAUGAAGCGAACCGACCAUCAGUACUAAGUGGUGAGGUAGUUACCACCAGUAGUACUAAUCUAUCUACUAUCACUAAUAAUUCUACGACAAACACAGUUAUACCAAACAAUGCCAGUCUCUCUACUAGCAGCAGUAAUGGGAAUAAUACUAAUAAUAUACAAACUGUUGCUGAUAAAACUAACAACUGUGGUACAACUUCCAGUCAAAGUAGUCAUAUUGAAACUGUUCUUUCACCAGACACUAAUUAUGCAGUCCCUCCAACACGGCCUUCUCGCUGGUAUAUCAGCAACUGCCAGCCACAAACCUCUGACAUUGAUGGCCGUACUAUACUGCCUUCAAUGCCAUUGUUAGUCACUUCAACGCCAGCUGCUCCAUCGUCCCCUAACAAGAUAACUGAUAUGUUACAAAUUACAUCUUGUGAGGGAGAGGAAGAAGCAGCAGCACUCCAGACAUUUUCAUCUGCUCAAGAUCCAAUUCCUACAGAAGAGUCUGUUACUUUGCAAGGAGCCACAUCUUUUGCUACAGAGACACAAGUAGCAGGACAACCCCCCAGCUUGCUGUCAUCUUACAUGAAAACUCCUGUUGGUAGUGUGGGACAGUUUGUUGACCAAAGCAUAGCCAAAGUGGAGCCCAUAAGCAGUAUGAAACACUUGGUUGGCCAUGUAGACACCACUACAGUAGAGUCAGUUGUGAGUGGGGUGAAGUUGGUUCACCAAAUAGUCCCCAAGAGAGAAUCAACUUCGGGCUGUGAAGACCAGGGCUCAGAAAUUCAUCUUUCUUAUUUACAUAAAGAUAACUCAAAGAUUAAGAAUCCAAACGCUGAUUUGUUUUGUUCGGCACCAGGUUCUUUUCAACCUCCUUUCUCAAACCCUCAAACAACUGUUAAACCACAUUUAUCUCCAAAGUCCAAAUCCAGCAUCUCAACACCGACAUUCAAUUCUAAUUUAACACGGCAGCUAAUUCUCCGUAGAACUGCUAGUCCCUCAAUGAAGGUUUUUAGGAAAACUUUAAACAAAGCACUUAGACUUUCCUAUCAAAAAGCAUCCAGUUUUAACAUUAAGGGGUUAAGUACUGAUAUGAAAUCCCCAAAUAUAAAAUUCUCGAAUCCAUAUUUCAAACCAUCAGAGUCAGUUUCCACAGAAACUUCAUUAACUUCAGAAAGGAACCAUGACAUUACCAACAGAACUCAUAUUCUUACUUUGCCUAAAAAAGAUGAUUUUGUGUAUUGCCCAACCAAUCAAGGAAUAUCAGAUUUAUCUCAAGUAUUAAGUGCUCAAAAAUCCAUUAAAUCCACAUUGCCGUUAUCUUCUCCAGCUCACAAAUUGAACCAAACCAUGAUGAAGGUACCAAACAGGUCAUCACUCAGAUCAACAUCGUAUCAGUCUAAAUACAAAGUAGGGAACUCAUUGAGUCAGAUUUCUUCUCCAUUACCAACAGUGUCGCAUGAAAAAAUAAAUGAUUUUAUAUCUCAACAAGCUCCAGCCACUUUUAAAACUAUUGAUUCGAUUGACCUUACAAUUGACAAUGACAACUUCCCCCGCAGACGCCGUUCAAAUGCCAUUUACCGCUCACAGUUUUUGUGCACAACUUGUGGGAAAUAUUUCACUCGGAAAUCAUCUCUAAAUGAGCACAAGAAAGAUGUUCAUGAGAAAACGAACGACAAAUUCAUCUGCUGCAUAUGUAGUAAACGUUUCACCCGUCCACAACAUUUACGCGAUCACAUGAACAUUCAUUACAUGUGUAAGCCACACAAGUGCACAAGCUGUGGUCAUAAAUUUUUCAAUAAAAUCAGUUUACUCCGUCAUAAACGGAAGUGUUAUUCAGAUCAAUCCAUUUCUGCCGCUGAACAGACAGUUACAGCAAUAUAGCACUUAUCUUUUGUAUGAAGAGAGAGAGAGAGAGAUGUUUAUCUGGUGCCAGAGGAUAUUUCUUCAGAAUAGCAUUCUAAGAACACUGAUGAAAUGCCUUCUUGUCAGUAACUUGAAUAUCAUUUUCCUCCCUAAGGAAAUAAAAGCUAAUUUUGAUAAUAUA